AAUUUGUUUUUUCUGGCCUAAUCAGAGAGACACGGGGACUAUGUACAAACAAUUUGUUUCUUCGUUGUUGUGUUGUGGAAUUAAAGAAUAAUUAGUGAAAAAAUUAUUAAAAAACAAAAUUGUUUCUUUGGUGCAAGAAAUAUAUAUCUGAAAGAAAAAAAUAUAGUCAAGCAUUCUUCGUUAAUUGCUGGUGUAAAAGAAUCUAUAUUUUCUCCUGCCUGGAACAGCAACAGCCAGUUAGCCAGCCCUCUAGUGUUCUAAUCGUCGACAAAGAAGUUUCGAAUACUUUGAAGCAUCAAAUAUCGUAAAACGAAAUCCACUGAAAAAAUCCAAGUAAAAACUCUUGCUUGACCAUCAUCAACGUCAUCAUUGUUAUCAUUAAAGAAAAAUAAUUAAGCAAAAUUAAUUUCCGUCGCAUAAAAAUAUUUUCAAAACUGGAUUAUAAUAAAUCCGACGAUAUUGGAUCUCUACAGGAAAACAAUUCGGGCAUAACCAACAAAAUGGUUAAACGCACUGACGGUUCCGAAUCCCCCACAUUGGCCGAAUCCGAUGCUGAUGGUCACGAUAAGCCACGCGUUAAAUAUGGAGAAUUGGUUAUAUUGGGUUACAAUGGCUAUUUACCACAAGGUGAUCGCGGCCGCAGACGCUCCAAAUUUGUCCUGUACAAACGCAGUGAGCCCAGCGGAGUUAAACGUUCCAAGCACUACAUCGUCCAAUCGCCACAAACAUCAAAAGCCAUACUCGAUGCCAAUCAACAUUCAAUAUCGUACACAUUAUCUCGCAAUCAAGCUGUCAUAGUUGAAUACAAAGAGGAUACGGAAACGGAUAUGUUUCAGGUUGGUCGCUCCUCAGAAUCACCCAUAGAUUUUGUGGUUAUGGACACACUGCCCGGUGACAAGAAAGAUGCAAAAGUAAUGCAGAGUACAAUAUCACGUUUCGCAUGUCGCAUUCUGGUCAAUCGUUGCGAACCCUCAAAGGCACGAAUAUUUGCAGCCGGCUUCGAUUCGAGUAGGAACAUUUUCUUGGGUGAAAAGGCAACCAAAUGGCAAGACAAUGUGGAAAUCGAUGGCCUCACAACAAAUGGUGUUUUAAUCAUGCAUCCCAAGGGGCAAUUUUGUGGUGGCACUGCCAAAUGUGGCCUCUGGCGAGAAUGUUCGGUGGGUGGUGAUGUUUUUAGUCUGCGUGAAUCUCGUUCAGCCCAACAGAAAGGACAACCGAUUUAUGACGAGUCAAAUAUUUUACAAGAUGGCACUUUAAUUGAUUUAUGUGGCGCCACUCUGCUAUGGCGUUCGGCGGAAGGUCUGCAACAUUCACCGACAAAACGUGAUUUGGAAAAGCUAAUUGACGAAGUCAAUGCUGGUCGUCCUCAAUGUCCUGUUGGCCUUAAUACCUUAGUUAUACCCCGUAAAGUGAAUAUUGGUGAUCAAAUUAAUCAGCCUUAUGUGUACUUAAAUUGUGGCCAUGUCCAAGGUCAUCACGACUGGGGUCAAGAUAAAAGUACUGGUGCCCGACGUUGUCCCAUGUGUUUAGAAGUUGGACCUGUUGUAACAUUGUGUAUGGGAUUAGAACCGGCAUUCUAUGUAGAUAUUGGCCCGCCAACAUUUGCAUUUAAUCCAUGCGGCCACAUGGCGACUGAGAAAACGGUCAAAUACUGGGUUAAUGUGGAUAUACCACAUGGCACAAAUGGCUUUCAGGCUGUUUGUCCAUUCUGUGCGACGCCAUUAGACGGCAAUUCGGGUUUUAUUAAAUUAAUUUUUCAAGAUAAUUUAGAUUAAAAUGUAUCAUAUAUUAUUAUUAUAAAACAAAACCAUAAAAAACAAACAUUAAGCAAAUUGCAAAACAAAACCAACAACAACAAAAAGGAAAAACAAAUAAUCCAUAGGCUUUAUUUUUCUAAAAACAUAAAUUAUACAAUAAGAAUAAGAAAAAAAAGAAAACAGAAAAACGAAGAAAACAACAACAAAAUAUUAUAUUAAUAAUGAAUUAUUAAUAAUAUUUACAAAUUAUUUUUUAAAAUAUCAACAAAGUUCUAUUUAUACAUAAACAUACAUGAAAAAAAAAACAACAAGAACCACAUAACAUAAAGUGCAUAAAACAUAUACAUACAUAACACACCCACAUAAAUACAUGGCUACAUUUAUACAUCUAUAUAUGCAUAUAUGUU